AUGGCAAACCAGACAGAACUCGUCCAGGGGGUUCCUAUGAUGUCCUUUCCGCUAGAUAUUCCGACAUGGCGAAGCUGGGAAUCGUUGGCUAUCAACGUGUUCAACAUCCCCGAAGGCACAAACACAUUUGUCCUCUGGGAUUCCUUCAAAAAUGAAGGCAAUAUUACCAGUGUCGACAUCUUUGAUCAGAGGACGGGCGAUCGUCACAGCAAGGGCCGCAUCCGCUUCAGACCCCCUCCCUCAUCCGAAUUUUGGGCCAUGGGAACAUACAUUAUCAAGCUCCGGAACAGGUCAGAGGUAACGGUUCGUGUCGAACUGAAGACCGGGGACCAAGAGGGUCUCAUGGACAGUCCUGUGCGCCCUGGAGUGAGAUAUCCUUCGUUUAUGGAUUUUUCUGUCAUGAAACUCGACGUAUGCGUUUUGAAUGGAGAAAAUUCCUUUCACAUCAUGCACGCUUUCAAAGGCUCUCUAAGAGGAUCCCUCGACAUCCGCCGACGAGAAUUGUCUAUCAAUUUCACUACCAACAUUUGUGAUAUCAGAAACCUUCGCAACCCUUCUCUUCAUUCAGAAGAAAAUGAAAGUCUCUUCCGUUUGAGAGUGAAAUUUAUCCAGCUAGACAAGCUCUGGGAAUUCCAUGAUCCCCAGUCCAAGAAUAUCUCUCUCCUCGCUGUUUUAGAGCACCCAGCACUCUAUUUCCGUCGGCUAAAGAAUCUGGAGCCUACCUUUCAAUCCGACACAAAUUGGAAGGAAAUUGAUGCGUGGCCCCGGCAGACUGCUCUGGUACACAAUCCCGAAGCACUGGUUAACCAGACACUCAUUACCAAUCUUUACCGCUCUGGUCAAAUUGUCGAUAUCGGUCGGUGGAAUGUCUUCCGGAUUACCUUGUCCCCCGAGGCAGUUGGGAAUGGCGUUUUCACACUCUUACACGAUAUUCUAGGCGAUCAUAACGUUCCAGUACAGAAUUAUUGCCCCUUCAAAGAAAGUUUUCGGAGACCGAAGCUUGUCUGGGACUGGAUCAACCACUCACCCGCCCAGAACCCCUCAUCACCACACUCUACACUCGGCGACCUAGCAGAUCGGGGAUACGUUCCUUUGGACUUUCCUGUCCGUUAUCAGCUAGAAGUUUGCAUCUCAAAUGGAUGGCUUUCGGAAUUUUGCAUGACUCGAGAAUUUGUCCUCAAAUUACGGGAUCUCGGAGAAAAGAACGCCAGAAGGCUGUUGGAGCAUGUCGGCACGGAAAAAACCACUUACCCGGAUCCCAUGAAGAUUUUUGAUAUCAAGGUCUACAAGGGAGUCAGUGAUGCAAAAAUCCCUUCCUACUGUUCCUUCAUGCGAAGUGCCCAAGUCACUCCAACUACGAUCUACUACUACACUCCCACGGUUGACACGUCGAAUCGGAUCAUUCGCCGCUACAUCGAACACGUAGAUCACUUUCUCCGUGUUCGAUUCACUGACGAGAAGAGCGUAGGUAGGAUAUUUUCUACCGUGGGGGAUUCCCAGGAUGAGAUUUACACUCGAGUCAAGAGAACCAUGGCGAACGGAAUCACGGUAGGUGAUCGUCAUUAUGAAUUUCUCGCAUUCAGCAACUCUCAGUUCCGUGACCACGGCGCGUACUUCUUCGCACCCACUCUCCAUCUGACUGCAGCCCAUAUUCGGGCUUGGAUGGGUAAGCUCAGUCAUAUCAGGAAUAUAGCAAAGUAUGCUGCAAGGUUGGGUCAGAGCUUCUCUACCACUCGUGCAUUCGGGGGCUGCAAAGCCGAUAUUCGACAAAUCGAAGACAUUACCCGGAAUGGCCGCGUAUUCUCCGACGGCGUAGGCAAGAUAUCCAAGUUCUUGGUCUCUAUGGUUGCCGAGGAGCUGAAUCUCAAGACCCCAGAUGGUGAACUGCCCUCUGCCUUUCAAUUCCGACUUGGUGGGUGUAAAGGCCUGCUUGUGGUUUCUUCAGAUCCUGGUCACUCUGAGGUUCAUAUUCGACCGAGCCAACUGAAAUUCGAAAGCCCUCAUGUCAGGUUGGAAAUCAUCCGCUCUUCACGCCCUUCGGUCGCAACCUUAAAUCGACAACUGAUUCUUGUGCUCACCUCCCGAGGGAUUUCUGACAGAGCGUUCCACAAAAAGCUCAAACAGCAUCUUGAAAUAUUUGAAGAGGCCAUGGUGAAGGAUGAAAAAGCCACUGGUAUGCUUCGGAAAUACAUUGAUCCCGAACAAAUGACACUCUGUCUCGCCCAGAUGAUAGACUGCGGCUUCAGGCGAACAGAAGAGCCAUUUGUCUAUUCGAUGCUGGCUCUAUGGAAGACCUGGCAUCUCAAACAUCUCAAAGAGAAAGCCAAAAUUGUGAUUGAAAAAGGCACGUGUGUGUUUGGCUGUAUUGAUGAGACUGGUAUCCUCAAUGGUUAUUUUCGUGGCAGGCCAUUAGACAAAGAAGCUUCACUGCCACAGAUUUUUAUCCAGGUCUCUCAGCCUGAAAAAAGAGGUUGGUCUCGGAAGGUCAUCACGGGGCUCUGCAUCGUCGCCCGAAAUCCUUCACUUCACCCAGGGGAUAUUCGAGUUGUUUUCGCGGUAGAUGUGCCAGCGCUGAGGCAUCUGCGAGAUGUUGUCGUAUUUCCGCAGACUGGUGAUCUAGAUGUUCCCGGCAUGUGUUCCGGCGGGGACUUGGACGGGGAUGACUAUGUCGUUAUCUGGGACCAGGACUUGAUUCCAUCUAAGCGAAACUGGUUCGAACCUCCAAUGCAACAAAAUCCGAAGAAAGCCCCAGAUCUUGAUCGUGACGUGACAGUGGAUGAAGUGACCUCAUUCUUUGUCACGUACAUGAAAAACAACAUCUUACCAUCGGUCGCGAGAGCUCAUUUAGCAUGGGCUGAUAUUCUUCCCGAUGGCAUUCGUGAUGAUAAAUGCGUUCGUCUGGCUCGACUUCACUCCGAUGCAGUCGAUUAUAACAAAACCGGAGGUGCUGCAGUGAUGACCCGUGAUCUUGUUCCCUCAAGGUGGCCACACUUCAUGGAUAGGAGGAGUGCGAUUUCAAAGAAAGAUUACCACUCCACGAAAAUUCUGGGCCAGCUCUACGAUGCCGUCGAGAAUGUCAACUUCGUUCCUCAUCUCACCAUGUCAUUUGACUCUCGGAUUCUAGAUUGCAAGCCCGAACUAAAAGAGCUAAGCGAAGGUCUUCUAGACUAUGCGAGAAGUUUGAAAGAAGACUAUGACGCGGCAGUGCGCCGGGUAAUGGCUCAAUACGAAAUCCCAACUGAAUUUGAAGUGUGGUCUUCCUGGAUCCUUAGCCACAACGGCUCGGCUAACAACUACAAUAUCUCCGAGAAGGUCGGCGGGCUCGCAGAACAUCUUCGAAGUGGUUUCCGCCAGCACUGUUACGAAAAAAUGGGUGGUCGUUUUCUUGAGGUGCUUGCGCCAUUGGUAGUGGCGAUGUACCGUGUCACUCAUGAAGACCUCCUGACUACUCAAGGAAUCACCAAGUACGAUGAUGAGUCCGAUUACGAGGAAUCAGAUCACAUGGAAUCCAGCGCGGCGAAGACUUCUCUCAUCAGCUUUCCUUGGAUGUUCUCCGAGUAUCUGGGCAAAAUUGCCCAGGGACAUUAUGAUCUUGACGCCAUCACGAAGCUCGCAGCCACUAAAGGAGACCGUCCUAAGGGAAAGGUGUACACGCAAGCAGAGGUUAUGCGGCUUACAGCCGAUUUUUCCAUUGAGGGGGGGGUCAGGAAGGCCGAAGGUCGAAAUCCCCGAGAGCGAAAUCCUCCAGAGCGAAAACGAUAUUGUCGAGGAAAUAUUUGA